UUUACUUUAUGAUAUCAACAGAGUUCAGCCAACGCGACGUGUAUCUGGAAAACCCGGGUCUGCUCUCGGUUCCGGUGAAAAACGCCACACUCUCCCGCCAUUGCUUUCUCCUCUAAGUCCGCGCGGACAGUUUCCGGUUGUUAAAAUGACUUUUUACAGACUUCUCUCGGCGGCUCUUGUACCGAUCUGUUGGCUGUUCGUGUCCGCGGCGGAGGAUGUGACUCCAGCGGCCCCCGGCAGCACCGCGGCGAUCAAACCCGCCGUGACGAACUCCAGCGGGCUGAACUCCACACACAGCGGCGGCGGCGGGAAGGGUACCGAAGGGCUGUCUAACGGGUUCGAUGUGGACAGCUCGAUGAUCCAGAGGGCCCUGUACGUCCUCAUCGGCAUCACCAUGAUCGGAGUUCUCUACUUCCUGAUCCGAGCCGUGAGGCUGAAGCGACCCACCUACAAGAAGAAGUACGGCCUGCUGUCCAACUACGACGACUCCGUGGAGAUGGAUGCGGUGGAAAGCGAUGAGGACGACACGCUUUACGAAGCUCGCAGCCUCCGCAGAUGAGUCCCGUCGGAGCUGUCGUGUCGUCACCUGACGGAUCAGACGUGAUCACAUGGUAUUGAUUAUGGAUCAGAGAGAGAGACUGCUGGAGGAGGAAGAGACGGACCAAACAGUUAUUGAAGAUUAACGCCAAAGCUGCUCGACGAACCCGAGCGGGAUAAUUAUUAUUUUUUUAAGGUGGUAUUGGUUAGUUUGUGUUGAUAUAAUCACCUUCUGUUUAUUAUUAUUUCUAAGAACGUUCUUGUGUCUUGAGUUUUCUGCUCCGACUGUGCUUAAACUACUGCAGACUGACUCCAGACCAGCUGAGACACUUUGAGGUUUCACUUUCACUUUCUGCCGUCUGAUGGCGGCGGCGUGUUCGAGUUUAAACACUGUGUUAAAGGACGAUUCCGCUCUACUGAUGUGACUCUCCACCUGAGACUCAGUGAAAUUAGAACGUAGUUCACAAUAAACCUGAGUCAUCUCAAACACUCUGAGUCUGUGACACAAAGUAAACACUGAGAGCAGCCGUGUGAUUGGCUCACUGCAGACGUCCAGGUCGACUUUGUUUACCUGUGUGAGGCUGUCAGUGUGUGUCGUUGGCUGUUUGCAAACGAGUGCCUGAAACUUCCUGAUGUGCAGGAAUGAAGCUACACAGUCACAGCUGUGUGACGACUCCUCGCUCUCCACGCUCACUCUGAGAUGUCUUUUUUAUUUUGGGGUAUUUUUUUAAACUGAAUAAUCCAACACAGCCGAAACUUUCCUCUGAGGUGAUAUCAGAUCGCAGUGACAGUUCACACGGUCAUACAACCCCUGGAAAAGUUAUCAAACUACAAAAACUGUUUUCCAGGCUUUGAAUGAACGAUAUGUUUAGAAAAGUGUUGAUCACACGUUGUUUUGGCUGUUGUUUAAAAAAAGUUCACAAAGAGCCAAAGACAUGUCUGACGUUACGUGAAAUAUCUUCCUUGUGUUAUUAAUUAGAAAUCUGUGACUGUUGAAACAUCGCUUGUAUCACAUGAAACACAAACCAGAGCGAGGGUCUCGAUCACUGCACGAGCAGCGUGUGAUGCUACCUUGCUGCAGCUCGCACGUGUGUCACACAGACGGCGUUGCUGCUGUAACGACUGUAUUUACACAGUUAAAAGCUAAUCCCCUAAAAACUCACUGCACCGUGCAGCCGCUGCAUCGACAGCAUCACGACUCUGCAAAUAUUUCACAAUUAAAAGCGUGGUGUUGACAGAUGAAGGGAUCCUGUCACAGAUACACUGUCUGAAGGCUUUUAUUUUGAAACAGGAAGGGCUGAGUUAAUAAGAAAUAUUUUUAUUUUUUCAUAUCUGUGACAGAUAGACGUUUAAACUGCGGUGAAAGGUGGCGUGACGUUAAUAGACCAGCUCUGAGUGGACGUCACAGUUACGUCACAGCAGUGGCGUGCGCCUCCUGGUGGCAGAAAAACAGCCGACAUCAGAGAGAAGCAGUGACAGACCCAGAAUAAAAAUGUCUUGUGGUGUCGUUGGAUGUCAGAACAGGAACACAGUUUAAGAAAACCUUCAUUUUAUGGAAAACCGUCUCUGAGGACGCCGUAGUAGAAGAUAAAGUUUCGUCUUUGGUUAAUUCUAAUGUGUAUAUUCAGGCUGUAAUGGCUGCUGGACGCUCAGCAGAAGAGUGUGUUUGGAUUACAUGAACUGAAUCACUGAUGUGCUGAAAGAUAAUUCAUCAUCAUAGGAACUGUAAAAACUCACAUCUGUCAAACAUGAAUUUGUCUCAUUGUCCCUGGUUCAAACUUGAGUAGACGUCCACACAGAAUAUCAUUUAAUGUGGAAGCAACAUCAGACACCUUUGUAGAUAGCUAGCUAACGCUGUCUGUUCAUGAACUCCUGGAUCAGAACAGAAUAUAGAAACUGCUCAUUUUAGAAAGGACACCACAAGAAAACAUGUUCUUUGUUGAAAUUAAUAAACAGACACUGGGUCAUUGUUUGUUUCUACCUGUCAGCGAUCAGCCAUAGGUAGCAUGCUAGCUACGUUAGCUACAUGGCUAAUGUUAGCGAGCCUUUCACUUUCCCUGCCUGGAUGCAGAUGAACCGAUCUAAAUGCACAUUAAGGGUUUUCUUGUGGUGUCCUUCCUAAAGUGAGCAGUGGUGACAGUUAAUGUACUUUGUUAUGAUCCAGGAGUUAAUAAACAGACAGCGUUAGCUAGCUAGCAUGCUAGCACAUUGAUAAGAUGGACGUCCACAUUAAAUUAAAUUAUAUGUGGACGUCUCCACAACUAUUAAGGAUAAUAAGACAAAUCCAUGUUUGACAAAUGUGAGUUUUUUUUUCAACUCUUAUGAUUUAUCACCAUGUAAAUAAUAAAUAAUCCAAACACACACUCCUCUACUGAGCGUCCAGCAGCUAUUACAGUCUGAAUAUCCAGAUUAUAAUUAACUGCAGACAAAACUUUAUUUCCACUACACGUAGAUCAUAAACUCGUGGAUCGAAAAAUGACUCAUUGCAAUCGGUUGAGAAAUAUAAACGUUACAGUGAUUUUUAUGUUUUAUUUGGCGCUAAUGCCGACACCACUACUGUCACUUUCUGCCGCCAGUUUGGCUCCGCCCACAAAACACAUUUACAAACACAAAAAGAAUCUUUCAUCAAAAAAACACUUUCAAUUGUUUUUGCUGAAAACUGCACGCAGAAAAAUAAAACAGGCGGGGCUCCCACAGAGCGCUGCAGGAUGUACUUCUCUGUAGGCCGACAUUGAAGUCAGCGUCACCCUGGUUCCCUGGUCAGAAAGCAAACAGGAUUUUUUUUUGUUUGAUUUUGGAUUAUUACAGAAAAUAAACGUUUCUGAUCCUUCAGGUUUUGUCCAGUGAGAUAAUCUUCACUGACGAACACCACUUUAUGAUUACUGAAGAAUAAAUUAAAUCAACAGAGGUAAAACGCUAACGUAAGGCUGUAAACUAACUACAUCACGGUCACAUGACUUUAACGUCACCACCACAGUGAGGCUGUAAAGUCGUGUUCAGCGUGACGACGUUCUGUCGUCUCAUUUAGACUCUUGUUAGAGACACAUAAAAGCUUCAGAGUUCACACUGGGUAUUUACUGACGAAGAACAAAAUGUGAAGGUCUCUCAGCUUGUGUUAUUUCACACACUGAACCAAAAACACACUGACCUCAAGACCAGGGAACAGGAAGCGCUAACAUGCUAACUCAUUUCUGGGUUUUAAGAAUCAUACCCGGGGCACUCUCUUCUCUACACCAGUGGUUCCUAACUGCUCCACUUUUCUCAGUCAUCAGUUUAGCCUCCGCACACUUUAAGACAUGCUGCAUCAUACAUGCCUUUGCCUAGUUUGCCGUCUUCAAAAUAAAAGCUGUGCCAAAAAUUCACUGUACUUCAA